GUUUUGAUUUCCUUCUACUAAUUUUAAUUCCUUCUGAACUUGCUUGAUUUCUUUCCCUCCAUUUUGAUUAACGUUUAGGGUGGUUUGGGCAUGUCAUCUUCGUCAGGAUCUACGAUGAGUUUUCUGCCAAACUUGGCGACAUCAUCGCUAGUCAUCUGUUCGUCUUCCUCCUCUGCAAUGUCAUCACCGCUACUCUCCUCGCCAAGUCUGACAGAUUGUCCGUAGAGAAUCUCAGAGCCAACAAUGCCGAGGAUGAACUCUAUAGAAAAGAUUGACAAGGAGAUCAUCUCUCAAGUGAACGCGAUUGAUUUGGAAACGCAGUGCAAUUUGGUGUCGAAUCUUGAUUUUGAUUCGGAUUUGGACAUGGAUAAUCUGAACUCUUACCAGAGGAGCAAGUCGAAGAAGUUCGUUAGAGCGAGUGUGGAGAAAGGAAAAAGGGAACUACGACAAUUGGGCUGUUCCAAAUUGCUUUUUGAAGAAAAAAAAAAGAUGAAUGAGAGGAGGAUUGUGAUUAAUUGUUUUUCACGUGAAGGUCAACUUGCAAAAUUGGAGUUAAUUGGACCAAAGGCAUUUCAGCUGCUUAAGAAAACAUUUCAUCCUGCUAAUAGCUAUUCAGGGGAUUCUUGGCAAUUGCAAAAAUGUUCAGUUGCAAAGGGUGAUAAUGAUUAUGAAGUUAAGAGCUUCUCUUUACCUGAAAAUGAGAAAGAUGUCCAGUCUUGUGCAGUUUUGUCUUUUACUGUCAAGGAUCCUCGUUCCUUUUUGGAUAAAAUAACUGGAGGUGUUCCUGGGCCAGCUUCAACCAGUGAAAUACGGGUAGUUGAAUCCAAAAGACAUGCACCAACAGCGGAUGGAGAGGCACCAAUAGCGAAUGGACAUGUUUUGCCUUGCAGGAGAAUUUGUAGGGGAGUUUAGCACAUACUGUCUCUUGCUUGUUGAGAGAAAGCAUCUUGGCUUUUGUGAUUGCAAUGUUAGUUGUAUUUGUAAUGAAGGAUUAGGUUCACUGAAUACAGUGUCAUUUGUUCCUAGGCAGGUUAUGGGUAGGAGAGGAUUUUGUAGGAUGUGUAUGAUUUUGUAGUAUCGAAACUUUGCCAAAACCUGGCACUCCAUGUAUUUUAGCAAUUGGCCAUGAUAUAAAAAUGCAAUAUUUUG